CUGCACAAAUAAUCUUGAAACAUUAUUGCCAUACCUUACCAUUUAUGGUAGUAGAAAUCUCAAGUUAACUAAACAUCCAUUUUCAAAAAUCAUCAUCAGCAAGUUUGGAAGAAGGUAGUCUUUUUACAGCUACAGAUUUGCUACUUGGGUGCCAGUAUGGAGCAGAUCUUUACAGAUCAGACUUUUCCCCAAAAUUCAUGAACUUCUAAGCCACAUUUCAAAGACGGAACUUCAGGAGGUCGUAUGAUGUUACCCAAUAAUCAACUGUGGAUGUUCUUCCUGCUCCCCAAUAGCAGAGAUAAGAACACAGAAGCAUCUCAAGAAGUCAUGUUGCAGAAAAAGGUGGUGGCAACAACACAGAAACGAGGGGAGACCAGGGCCCUAUGGCUAGGAUUGGGAAUGAUGGCCUGCUCAGCGAUGAUGUAUCUUUUUAUUGGUUUAGUCCUGGUGCCUUUACAUAGAAAAAGUGUCUGGGCUGAUGAAAGUGAAUGCAAUCUGGUGAGAGCUAACAUCAAGGAAAAAGUCCAUUGUUCAUUUGUUGAAGGCUCUGAAGAUAAAGAUAUUUUUCACUAUCCUUGUCUGGAAGUCUAUGUGAAUAUAACCCUUUUAGGACAAGAGGUAAUGCUCUACCACACAGAGAACACCGUGAACAGAAAUCCCAAGUGCUCCUAUAUUCCCCCUGAAAUGGAGAAUUAUAAAAAAGUUCAGCAGCACGUAAAAGAGAUAAGAGACAAUUUCAGAAAGCAUCGGACAUUUCUUUGCCAUUAUGACCCAUCAAGAACAGUAGAGAGCGUUCUUUUAAAGAGAUUGUAUCCUCCAGAAGGUCUUCUCAUUGCUUUUGCCUGGCCAAAAAUGAUGGUUAGUCUAUUGCAGUGACAUGACAACAGGCAACAUAUUUUUUAAAAUCAAUUUGAAACACAAUGCUUAUUCUAAGCAUCAUAUUCCAAAUUCAUUUUAAAAAAAUGAACAUCUGAAUCCCGAAUGCAUCCUGAGUUAAUGAGUAAGUGAAAGGGCUUACAUUUUCUUUCCCAAGCUUCCUCAAAUUUCAGGUUAUAAUAAAAAGAUUUUGUAUCUGAAGUUUACAAAAUUAGACAGUUACUGAGGCAUGUUGCAGCUUGCAUGUUUAUCCCUGCAAGAUCACUUCAUUACACGGAAUAGCAGAUUCUCUUAAACUGAUGAUAACAAAGCUAUCUACCUAAGAAUUGUGGGAUGGAAGAACAUAAAUUUUUCUGUUGUAAAAAAUCUGCAGGAGUGAAAAUGCACUUAUUUUAAUUAGAUUAUUCAAGGUGCAGUUUAUGUGAUUUUCUUCACCAGCCUUGAAGCAAGCACCAUAAAAAACUCAAUGUACUAGUAAAUUACUAUGAUGCACUACUGUAAUCAUUGUCAUUAGCUGUGCAUUAAGCUAACAUUUAUAGCUUUAGUGCUCAGUGAACUGCACAGCUGCUUGCCUAUGUGUUGCCUAAAGCCAUAGUUAACACAUUCACAGAAGCUUCUUAAAAGCAGAUUCUAACUAUCAGGCCAAUAGCAGCUUGAGCUAAAGAAAUUAUGUCUGUGCAAUGUUUUCUAAUGAGCAACUCUUCAUUGCUUACUACAAAGCAAUUAUUUUGCCAUAAUGAAUUGGCACUCACAACAGAAAGGGUGGGUUGGUUAAAGGGAUUUUACCUUCCUUGAACACCAAUUUAUUCAGCAUUUUUUCCUUUCUCAUAAGGUUUGUCACUACCCAGCAAAUCACUAAUUUAGACUUAAAAUUAAAGCUAAACUGAAUUCUUCCAGAACAUUUUCACAUUUAUUCUUUCUGGUGUAUGAGCUCAACCUAAACUAGACCCAAUUUUUUAAUCAUACACCACCUCUUCAAGAACAGAAUUCUGUGUAUUGCUUUUGAAUCACUGUGCCAACAAUAGUUAGAGAUGUAUCCAGUCAGCUUUAAUUGCUCCACUAGUUCACUCUUUUUAUGAUGCAUAAUUUUAGUAAGUAUGUUGGUUAUAAUAGUAAAAUGUAAUACAAACAAAAAUUAAAAAGAGAAAGAAUAAAAGGUGAAAAGAAAAGAAAGAAGCAAGAAUAUAAUGAAUAAAAAAUAUAAAGAAAUGACUUCCAACCUUCGUCACAAUAAACAAAUUUAGUGACUCUUCAUUGCCUCUUAGGUUACAAUUAACUGUCAAACCUAUAUCCCAUCCCUUAUCUAUAGACAAAUCCAUAAUGCAUUAUCUUUUAAGUUCAUAAAGAGUUGCCAGAGAUAACAUCUUAUUUUAACCUUGAUCAAAUAAGCCAACUUUAUAUUCCUUCCUUUUAAUUCCAAGUUUUUAUCUUUAGCUAAUUCAUUUUUUUCUAUUUAUUUUUAUCCCACCUUUAUUAUUGUUGUAAGAUUUGAUUUUUCUUCAUUUAAUUUUUAUCCCAUCACACAGAAUUCUUCAAGGUUUUAAGAAUCCUCUUUUGUAAAUCCAAUAGAAAAAAAAUGUCCCAGUCACUCUCUUGGUUUAUAAUCUGGAUUUUCCUCUAGUCAGAUAAAAUUUGUUCUGCAUCUGUCAUUUCUUUAAUAGCAUCUACUAUCCAGUUUUUAAAUCAUGAAAUUACAUAUCUCUGUCUUCCAAAAACCAAAACAGAUCUAUUUCUCAUGAGCAGCUGUUUAUUCAUAAGGAAUUCCAAAAUCUUGUUUAAAAAGUAUCUAGAACUUUAGUCUAUUUAUAAUUUUCUAAAAUCAAAAACUUAUUCAGUUUUUUGCUCUUUAUUUCUUAUUCCAUAUCUUCUUAAGCUUGCAACUAAUUUUUCUUUUGUUCAGAGUUGAAGUUAAAUUCUCCCAAUGAAGACUUUUCAGAUGUGUCAUUCUAAAGGCCUUUAACAGCUUUAAAAUUAUUGCAAUUUCCAAAGGUGAGUAGAAAUGAGGGUGCAAACUUUGUGUCCUUUAAAAGGCCCCAUUAUGGAUCCAAGCAAGAUGGCUAAUUCCUUCAUGUUCCAGCCAUCAAAUCCACAGAAAAACACUGUCUUGUGAUCUUCUCACAAGGAAAAGCAAUCCAGAGCAUCUGUGGGCAAUCUACUGUUCACUCCUAUUCAGAGAAGUUUCCAGGAACUGAUCUACUCACCAGUUCCUUCAUCUAUGUUGCUGUUGUUGGCUCUUCAAUUCAUCAUUCCUCCCCUUCUCUUUAUGAAGGCAGGACAUGAAUUAUCAUAUCCUGACUCAUUUACCUUACUGCAUAGAAUUUAGCAUGAACCAUAGUCCCACAAAUAUAAUGCACAAAAUAUUUAUCAACAAAUUGUUUUAUAGAUCACAUUGCAUCAACCUUGGAUCAACUUUACUCAUGUCUUCUCCUGGCUCCACACCCAUCUCAUACUGAUUUUAAAUUUAUAAAUGGUUACUAUAGCCAUGAUGUAUCCUUCCAAAUGAAACUAUUCUGUAAUUUGUAAUUGUCAUCAGAAGCUCUGUGAUACAUCUCUUCACCUUGAUAACAUCUUAGUAAGGCCUUUUUGGUAGUUGCUAGAUUAUCUGCACUGAACAGAUUGUCUCUCUCGUUUAUGAUAGAUUUGAAUAAAUGUUGUCCUUUUUAAUUUCUGUGCAUCUUAUUCCUUAAUUUGACAAUCAUUCUCAAUUGUUUGGCAUGUUUAUCUCUUUUCUUGUGUUUCAGUAUAACAUAUUUUCAUAUACUUUAUCACAGACAUCACUUAAAUAAUAACAUUAAAAUGCCUGUUGUUUCUAUAGGAAUCCCAAUAGCUAUUAUACCCAGAAGCUGUUUGUCCUUUAAAUAACCAAGGAAUAUAUUGUUACUUACUGAGAUUUAACAAAAGGAUGGUGUAUAUAACAUGAAAGUGGUGCAUUGACUUUUUCACAAUUUCUGAAACAGACUGUUUCAAGGAUGUUUAUUUAUACCAUUCUUCGUAGAAUAAUGUUUUGUUUCUUUGCAAUGACAAACAAUGAAUUUCAUCAGAAAAGUCCUCAAGCAGCACUGUAGAUUAACUCUUACCGGACCUUCUAUUCUUGAGACAUUAUCUGAAUAUUUCUAUUAUUUAGUAUUACUUUAUGUCGCUGCUACUUUUGUUAUAAUUUGUUGCUUUUAUUUAACUAUCAAAUAUACACAGUAAACCGAACUUUGGAGCAAAUUAAUAUUCUAUUAGUUAUAUCAUUAAAAAUUUUCUUCCAAAAAUUUGAAAUAUUAUCCCAUUUCCACUAAAACUGAAACAAUGUUUUCUACAGUUUACAGUGAUGUUAAUAUAAUUCUUUAGGAAUAGAUGCCACCAUUCAGGAUAUUUAAUCCAUAUCUCCAGGUUGCCUUCAAUUGCCUUAUCACAACAUCAGUCAAUUCGGCUCAUUUAUUGUAAUCCUUUUCAGGGGUCACCAGCCGCCAGACCUAGAUCCAGUACCGGGCCAGGGCCUGUUUGGAACAGGGCUAUGGAAACAGUGGGUAAGCGUGCAGGCAGCUCCAUUUGUAUGAGUGGCAGGCAUGCCUGUGUAUUGCUCACACAAACGGAGCUGCGCACAUGCAUCAUUCACCCACUGCUUAUAAGGAACCAUCCCCCCCCCCCCGCUGAUCUGCAAAGCUGGAAAGAUUGGAAACCACUGAUCUUGAUGGUUCCAUGGCAAUGAAAAUGAAGCCUUGUGGCUACUCUGAACUAAUUAAAGGACAACCCUUCAUGCUUUGUACAGGUUUUUCUCUCUCAUGUACUUUUCAUUUCAUGAGGUUAUUAUCCAGGUCCUCUCCAUGAGGUUAAGUGGGCUUCUACAAGUUGGAGAGGUUUUAUGGAAUUCCCUACUCAGAAAGACCUAAUUGACACCCACACUAUAUCAUUUCAGACCACGUGAACACCUUUCUGUUGGCCCAGGCUUUUUAACUGGUCUUAAGUUGUACUGUAGUUGCAUUUUAAUUCAUAUUCUUUUAGUUUUGGAUGAUGUCUUACAGCCACCUAACUUACACGGUAUUUCUCACAACCUCUUUUUUUAAAAAAAAUGUUGGUGAUCUGGGUAUGAUGCCCAUCAUCCCAUUCAUCACCAGGACUGAUUCAGCUGAACUUCUUUUUUGAUGUUGUAAAACUUGAUGUCAAACUAUAAGAUAAAAAUGAAUAAAAUAAUUUCUUAGCAAUAAAUGUUGAAUAAUAUUUUACCCAUACAAUAGGAGGUAGCAAUUUCUAAAUACCUCAUGUAUUCAAUACUUUCAACCCAUAAGAAACCUAGUUAUUUUUCAUCUAAGUUCCAGACAAGUAUUUAAUCCAAUAUUGGAUUGACUGUUCAAAAGUGUUGCCCUUUUCAAAAGCAAUCUACAUUUAUACAUUGUCCUGAAAUUGUUUCAUCAUUAAUCUUAUCCACAGUGUUCAACUCCCCACAUCUGCCCUUUUAAAAAAUGUAUCAUUUAAUCCUGCAAUGCUAAAAUACAUAUCAAACCAUGAAUGAUUACUUCUAAAUUAUAUCUUUGAGGAAAAGCAAGAUAAUUUAACAUUAAUUAAACCUAAGCAAAUAAAUAAUUAUAAAUACUUAAACAAGCUGAUUUAUUAAUUGAUAAGAAAAAGUGUAAAUACAUUUCCAGUUUUGAAUAACAUCACUCUAUAAUUUUUCCAUCAUCACCUUGUGCAAUCUUAAAUGAAAAAUAUAAUUCAACUAUUUAGUCUUUAGACAUUGUUCAAAACAUUUUUCUAAUUAGUUCAUUGUGUGCCUUGCAUGUUGAUGUGCAGUUUUCUUUAAUUCAAUUGCAUUUAUUUGUAUUUUCAAAGUGUUCAUUAUGUCAUAUUAAGCAUUUUCUUUGUUCAGCUGUUAUGGCAUUUCAUAAGACAUCUUAAAUUACUUUGAAGAAGCAAGUUAGCAACUUCUCAGUAGGUUUCCUGCAAUUCCAAUAAAGCGUAAUCAAUUAUUCUCUUAAAA